AUGGAUCCUGUCCGACAACCCUUCAGGGGCCCUUCUGGGCACCCAUCUCAAUGUGUACAGAUGCCAGGCUCUUGGCCACAAGCUCCUAAACCUUUGGACUCAGCCCUGGGCAGGGCAAGACCUCUAGGCAGAGGCCAUGUAUUUGGAAAACCAGAGGAACCAAGUCCACAGAGAGGGCCGGCACAAAGGGAAUCUGUGGGUUUGGUCUCCAUGUUCCAAGGACUGGGACUUGAAACAGUGUCCCAAACCCCUGCGAAACGGGAAAUGCCUUCCUUAGGUAGAGGCAUUUUAGGUAGAGGCUUAUCUAUCAAUGUGGUGCACAAGGAAAAAGAAGAACCACAUCCCACUUUUCCGGAUCCAUCAGUGUUGGCAGCUGGUGAUAGCAAGAUGGCAGAGGCCACCAUUGGUUGGAAUAGAAUGCUUGGAAGAGGGAAUAUGGAUGUGCCUGUAUUACCAUUAGGAAGAGCAGCUGGUGGUGUAGGCAGAGGUGUGUACAAGGUUCCCAGUGCUGUCAACAUUCCUUCUCGGGGUCCUGCCCAGCAGCCAUCAUCACCACCUCUGCCCCCGCCCUCCCUACACUCUCUGGAUCGCCUUUCACUAGGGACUGCAGAACACAAGGAAAAAGAGCUUUUUGUGAAGCAAGGUUCAAAAGGAAUACCUCAGCCUUUGGGAUUGAACCUUAUCAAAAUACAAUGUCAUAACGAAGCAGUUUAUCAAUAUCAUGUGACUUUCAGUCCCAAUGUGGAAUGCAAAAGCAUGAGGUUUGGCAUGUUGAAGGACCAUCAAACUGUCACCGGAAACGUCACUGCUUUUGAUGGAUCCAUUCUCUAUCUGCCUGUUAAGCUUCAACAAGUUCUUGAGUUAAAAAGUCAAAGGAGAACUGAUGGUGCGGAGAUCAGCGUUAAGAUUCAGCUGACCAAGAUCCUGGAGCCCUGUUCUGACUUGUGCAUUCCCUUCUACAAUGUUGUUUUCCGAAGGGUAAUGAAACUUUUAGAUAUGAAGCUUGUGGGGAGAAACUUCUAUGACCCGACGAGUGCUGUGGUACUGCAGCAGCACAGAUUGCAGAUCUGGCCAGGCUAUGCAGCUAGCAUCCGGAGGACAGAUGGCGGUCUCUUCCUGCUAGCUGAUGUCUCCCAUAAGGUCAUUCGAAAUGAUUCUGUGCUGGACGUCAUGCAUGCCAUGUAUCAACAGAACAAAGAAAACUUCCAGGAUGAGUGCACUAAACUUCUGGUUGGCAAUAUUGUCAUAACCCGAUACAACAACCGUACCUAUCGUAUUGAUGAUGUAGAUUGGAAUAAGACUCCAAAAGACAGCUUCACAAUGUCUGAUGGGAAGGAGAUCACAUUCUUGGAAUACUACAGCAAAAACUAUGGAAUCACAAUUAAGGAAGAGGACCAGCCACUACUAAUCCACAGGCCCAGUGAGAGACAGAACAACCAAGGGAUGCUGCUAAAAGGUGAAAUCCUGCUGCUACCUGAACUUUCCUUCAUGACUGGGGUUCCCGAGAAGAUGAAGAAGGACUUCAGGGCCAUGAAGGAUUUGACCCAGCAGAUCAACCUGAGCCCCAAGCAGCACCAUAAUGCUUUGGAAUGCUUGAUUCAGAGAAUUUCAAAGAAUGAGACAGCCAGCAAUGAACUAACACGUUGGGGACUCUAUCUGCAGAAGGAUGUACAUAAGAUUGAAGGACGGGUCCUGCCAAUGGAAAGAAUUAACUUAAGAAGUACUUCAUUUAUCACAUCUCAGGAAGUAAACUGGAUUAAGGAAAUAACCAGGGACCUUUCCAUCUUGACUGUACCCAUGCAUUUCUGGGCACUCUUUUACCCAAAAAGAGCAAUGGACCAGGCCCAAGAACUGGUUAACAUGUUAGAGAAGGUAGCUGGCCCCAUUGGCAUGCGCAUGAGCCCACCCGCCUGGGUUGAACUAAAGGAUGAUCGAAUAGAGACCUAUGUCAGAACCAUUCAAUCCAUGCUGAGAGCUGAGGGGAAGAUACAGAUGGUUGUGUGCAUCAUCAUGGGCACACGUGAUGAUCUCUAUGGGGCCAUUAAAAAGCUGUGCUGUGUGCAGGCUCCAGUGCCUUCGCAGGUAAUCAAUGUCCGAACCAUUGGUCAGCCCACCAGGCUUCGGAGUGUGGCCCAGAAAAUUUUACUUCAGAUUAACUGUAAAUUGGGUGGUGAGCUCUGGGGAGUGGAUAUUCCUCUGAAACAGUUAAUGGUAAUUGGGAUGGAUGUUUACCAUGGCCCUGGCAAAGGCAUGCGCUCCGUGGUCGGCUUUGUGGCAAGCAUCAACCUCACCCUCACAAAAUGGUAUUCACAAGUAGUGUUCCAGAUGCCUCAUCAGGAGAUUGUGGAUAGCCUGAAGCUGUGCCUGGUAGGCUCCCUGAAAAAGUUUUAUGAGGUGAAUCACUGUCUCCCAGAGAAGAUUGUGGUGUAUCGUGAUGGAGUGUCUGACGGCCAGCUAGAGACAGUUGCCAACUAUGAGAUUCCUCAGCUACUAAAGUGUUUUGAAGCUUUUGAGAAUUACCAGCCCAAGAUGGUGGUAUUUGUAGUUCAGAAGAAAAUCAGCACUAAUCUGUACCUGGCUGCUACGGAGCACUUUGCAGCUCCCUCUCCUGGGACUGUGGUGGAUCACACAAUCACAAGCUGUGAGUGGGUGGACUUCUACCUUCUUGCCCAUCAUGUACGGCAGGGUUGUGGCAUUCCUACACAUUAUGUGUGUGUGCUCAACACUGCAAAUCUGAGCCCUGAUCAUAUGCAGAGGUUGACUUUCAAACUGUGCCACAUGUACUGGAAUUGGCCUGGUACCAUCAGAGUUCCAGCUCCUUGCAAGUAUGCCCACAAGCUAGCUUUCCUGUCAGGACAAAUCUUGCAUCAUGAACCAGCCAUUCAGCUAUGCGAGAACCUGUUCUUCUUGUGACUGGAAAACCAGGAUAUGGGCUGAUUAGAGGAAUUACACUUCUGAAUGUAGCUGUGACUCAUGCAGGAUCAAGAGAUUGAGGGAUUUUUGUGUUGCUAGUUUUCCCUUUUGCCAACCCAGUAGAAUAAGAUACAUUUUUUCCCUAUUUUUUCUACUUUAAAGCUGGUAUUACCAAAAGGCAAGUUCCAUUCUAAGUAUCAGCUGGAAAUUGCCAUUUUGCCUUUGCAGAGCAAAUGGGGGUGAUAUUGCUACAGUGUAGUUGGAGUGGGUGCAUAUGGGGAACCUUUAAGAGCCUGCAAA